AUGGAUACACCAGUCUUGUUGUUAUUGGUAUACAGUAUAGCCUCUGUCUUUGUGAAUUCUCUGUAUAACAGGAAUUGUUCUUCUGGACAAAUCUGUGUUUGCUUUAAAGUGAACGGGUAUAUCCAUGCAGAUUGUUCAGCUCGCCAUCUGCGAUCAGCACCAACUCUGAAUUCAGAUGUCGUCAGCGUAGACUUUGGCCAUAAUAGGUUCUAUACAUAUCCAACGAACCUUUCCCCAAGCAUUAGGUUUCUGAAUCUUACAAGGAACAGAAUAUCUAUUAUCAUGAAAAAAGCCUUCAUAAUGACUCCAUUUCUACAAAAUCUUACAUUAUCUGAUAACGAAAUAAAGUCCGUUGAAAAGGGGGCAUUUGGGUAUCUUAAGAAAUUGCAGCAUCUUGAUUUAUCAUACAAUGAAGAGCUAGCUAUAUCUGUUUUGCCAAAUGUGUCCUACGACUUAGAAUCUACUUCAAUCAAAGUACUGAAUCUUGAGAAGCUACAGUGUACAUACGGAAUCAGUACUUCUCUACAUAGACGCCAUGUGCAAUAUCUUCGGAAUACUUCCCUUUUAGAACUCAAUAUUGCAUCUAACAGACUUAAUUAUCUUGAAUUUGGUCUGCUUUUAGACUUGCCAAAAACUCUUCGAAUUCUGAACAUCGGUGACAAUGUCUUAAGUUUUGGUUGGUAUCUGACAAACUUUGGAGGAUUAUCAAACCUAGAAAUUCUAAAUGUGAGUUUUGAAUCUACGUUUCAUCUCAUAGCUCCCCAUCAAUUUACAUUUCGCUGCAAUGAUACCAAAGCCAGUGACACCACGGGAUUGGUUGUUACAGUCAUUACAAGUCGUAUCGUACAUCGAUAUCGAUGGAGGUUGCGCUAUUUGUUUUAUGUUGCAAAAGGCAACAAGAGAAGAAAUCAGAAGCAACAAGUUGCACAUCCACAUAAAUACUACUUUGAUGCAUUUAUAUCAUACGCGGAGGAGGAUGGAAUAUUCGUCAGAGAUCUUGUCAAAUAUCUUGAAAAUGAACACAAACUUCGACUUUGUAUUCAUCAAAGAGAUUUCAUCCCUGGAACUGAUAUCGCAGACAACAUAGCGAACGCCAUUCAUAAUAGCCAGAGAACUGUUUGCUUGCUGACGUCAGAUUACUUGGAAUCAUACUGGUGCAAUUACGAAAUGAACAUGGCCAGAAUGGAGGCCAUUUACGACAGAAAUCGUUCUAAUGUCCUCUUCUUUAUCAUAUGCCAGAAAGGUAUUACCAAAAAAUUACCACUGAAGUGGAUGGAUUUGAUUCAUAGUAAAUCGUAUCUAGAAUUUUUUGGGGAAAAUAAAAACGAAAUUACUGCGUUUCGUUCAAAACUAGCAGAAACAUUGCAAGAAACAUUAUAUGAAGAAGAAUUUUAG